AAGCACAAUGGUCAACACCCCAUUUAUUUCCCUUAAAAGCAAAACUUAAAACCAGAGUUAAACAAAACUUACACUCAAAAACUGUAAAAUGAACAACUUCUCCUUAAUCAACCCCCAUUUUUUUCAGCCUCUUUUACCAAAUUUUCAAUCCAAUUUCUCGAUUCCGAAGUCAUUCCUAAAGUAUCUUAGAGAAGAAGAUAAAGAGGAAGGUGAUGAAAAGAUUGCCAAAAUAAGAAACUAUGAAGUUGGAGAUUACCUAUGGAAGGUCAAAGUGGGUUAUUUCGAUGAUAAGUUGCAUUUUAAAGAUGGUUGGAACAAUUUUUGUAACGACCAUGGUUUACAAGUUGGUGAUUUCUUGGUGUUUCAAUAUCAUCAAAACUUGGUUUUCGACGUUUUCGUGUUCGAUCCUACUACUUGUGAGCGUCCGUUUCCGGGUUUACACCAUCUCACGGUAGAGAAGGCGCUAUCAUCAAGCUUAAACAACCAAGAAAUAAAGGGAUUUUGCAAGAAUGGGAAAGAGUUGAAAAGGAACAAAAAGCACAAGGCCCAUCCAGCAGGGAAAGCAUCCUUUGAACCGAGGGGAUAUCCGUACUACGAAACCUUUGUGAAAUCAUUCACCUUGAAAUGGGGAGGAGUGAGUGUCCCAUCACAAUUUGCAAGGGAAAAUGAUCUAGUAAACAAAUGGUGUGACGUGACACUAACAGAUCAACAAGGGAAAGAAUGGCAAGUUACACUGAGAAAUCGUAACCAGGGUCGUACUGUUUAUAUUGGAACGUGGAAUGCUUUUCACCGUGCGCAUGGCUUGAAAACUGGUGAUCAUAUUGUCUUUGAGCUCAUUCAGUCUGGAGAAACACCCAAAAUGAAUUUCUAUAAAUAGAGUUGAUUAGUUAGAUCCUUUUGCAAAGUGGAGAGCGGUCAAUAAUAUCAAUAAUGGACCUAUUGUAUUGGAUCGAAUCGGAUUGGAUUGGAAAUUUAACUGAUAUCUUCAACAAGAGAAAUCACACUCAUCUGGACUCAAUUGCUUGUUUUGUGUUUUGUACUUUGUAUUUCGAUAGAAAUAUUGAAUUUCUAAAACAUAAGUUAUAUUUUUAUGUUGUUAAUUACUUUUCGUAUCGGAUAUGAUAAGGUUCGUUUAUUAUCCUUUGUCAUUUCAAGGUUUAUCUCAUGCCUAAUGAAGAAGCUAAUUAAUGAGAUUAUACCUCGUUUA